AUUUUAUUUUGCACAAAAAAGGACCUUUUCUACGUCAUUCGUGUGUUUUUAGCAGUUUUUUUUCUCGGGAUCAAAUCUUUGGAUUUUUCCUCUCUAUCUAGGAAAAUCUCGAGUGUGAGAUUAAUUAAAUAAUCAAGGAGAAGAAUUUAAGGGAAAAAAAUCAUAGGAAAUGGGAAUUGAUCAGGACACGCCUUCAAAGUCGAAUUUAUCUGUGAAAUUACUCGCGGAUGUUUUUGCCGAAAUUGAUCCACAUGUCCAAGUUGAGUCCUUUGAGGAGACUCAAGGCUCAAGACGUGGUGACAACUACACGGCAGCACUUUUCCGCAUUCGGGUGAAGGGAUCUGUUGUGCCCGAUGGGAAUACGGCCAAAAGGAGCAAAUGGGAGUGUUCGCUCAUCUGCAAACGCCUCCCAGAUAGUCAGGCACGUAGGGAUGCCUACCGUAGUGAGACACUCUUCCGCAAUGAGGUUCAUUUCUACACAAAGAUUGUGAGGGAAUUGCUCUCCUUCCAGCAACGUAGGACAAGAGAAAGCUUCAGUGCAAUACCACGUUGCUACUUUGCUCGGAAUGAUCUUUUAAUUCUCGAGGAUUUGUGUGCUAAGGAAUUUUGUAUGCCAAAUCGCCAGGAGGGGCUUUCACUGCAACAAACGGAGAGUGUCCUGGCGGAAUUGGCGCACUUUCAUGCCCUAAGUCUGGCCUACAAGGCGGAACAUCGAAGGGAAUUUGACUUGCUAACAGCCAGCAUUGAGGAGGGAAUUUUUGCAGCUAGUAAUUUAGAAUGGUUCCGGAACUACUAUCGUCAUCUCACACGCAAUGCAGUUGAUAUGGUAAGCCAGAGCUUCCAAGAUGCCGAGGAUGGCCGCCUGUACGUACAGAGACUGCGUGACUUUGUUGAUACUGAUGAAUUCUUCAUGCGGAUGGUGGAUCUGGUGCGGGGAUCCAGUGAAUUGGCCGUGAUCUGCCACGGGGAUUGCUGGACCAACAACUUCCUCUAUCGCUACAGCGCUGACCGGAAGUUGGUGAGCGGUGUGUGUCUCGUGGAUUUUCAGCUGAUCCGCUAUGGUUCACCAGCACUGGACAUUGCCAAUCUCAUCUUCUGCUGCACUGAUCACACCCUGCGGAAGGAACAUCUGCCGAGCUUGUUGAAACUCUACGGCCAGGAGCUUGCUAAAGCUCUCAAGAAAUUCGGAAGCUACCCCAGCUUCUGUGGCAGUUGCGAGGAAGAACUUCUUGAGAAGAUCCAGGAGGAUUUCAAGAAAUACGCCCGGUUUGGUUUAGGCUUAGCCAUGGAUAUCCUUCCAAUUAGCACAUGCUCAGCCGAUCAAGCACCUGAUCUGUACGUCCUACCAGCUGAAGACGCCACGAAUUUAGCUCCAGAACUCAAUGUCCCACCGAAUGAGAUUUGUGGUCGCAAAAUGCGUGACAUUGUCGUGGAUUUGGUGGACAAUGGAUGGCUCUAGAAGACAAAAAAUUGCCCAGAAAACUCCCUCUUUUAGUGCUUCGUCGGCUGGCAUUCGACAAUAAACAUAAUAUUGCUGCAAAAGAAUGUUAGAGCUAAAAUAAAAAAAAUAUUGAAGAUGAA